GUGUCCUGGAGCGUGGGUGUGGGUGUGGGGUAACUUGGGUGGGAACAACGUAGAGGCCACCACCACGAAGUCCUGCGCCUCUUCGGCGGGGUGUGUGCAGAAAGAGUGCGGAUAAAUAAGAGGCACCCUCCUCCCGGCGACAUUCGCCUGGCCGGCCGGCCGCCCGCCCUGGGUGUUUGCCCGAGCGGUAGCCAGGGUGCCAGCGUGGGGAGUAGUUUCGUUUCCUGCUGGCUCCAGGAUCCGUUUCCAGGCACCCCGUCCCGGGAAGAGGGCGCAGGAGGAGGCGGGAGACUUGUCUCGGGGCUGCCGGGCCCCGCAGCGGGGUUGAUGGCCCGGGUCGCCCCGGGCAGCAGCGCCAGCAAAUUGCCGCUGCUUCUGGCCCUCGCUCUGGGUCUAGUGAUCCUCCACUACGUCAUUGCAGAUGGGAAUUCAACCAGGAGUCCUGGAGAAGAUGGCCUUCUCUGUGGAGAUCUCGGGGAAAACUGCCCAGCUACCACCACACAACCAAAGAGAAGAGGCCACUUCUCUCGGUGCCCCAGGCAAUACAAGCAUUACUGCAUCAAAGGGAGAUGUCGCUUCGUGGUGGCCGAGCAGACGCCCUCCUGUGUCUGUGAGGAAGGCUACGCUGGGGCAAGAUGUGAGAGAGUUGACUUGUUUUACUUAAGAGGAGAUAGAGGGCAGAUUUUGGUGAUUUGUUUGAUAGCAGUUAUGGUCAUUUUUAUCAUUUUGGUGGUUGGUGUCUGCACAUGCUGUCAUCCUCUUCGGAAACAUCGUAAAAGAAGAAAGAAAGAAGAAGAAAUGGAAACUCUGGGUAAAGAUGCAACUCCUAUAAAUGAAGACAUUCAAGAGACUAGUAUUGCUUAACGAAUCUGAAGGAUUGAGAAGUGCGCUAGCCACCUAGGAGAUUGUCUGCCCCACAGCCUGGCCCUAUUUUUUAACACCAUCUUCAGCUGCAUUUGGUUGCUCUAAGUUUAUUUAAAAGAAGCUAACAAAACAGAAUUCUCCACAAACACAGAACUCCUUAAUGUUGCUUGCUGCUGUGGCAAGUAUAAUUAUUCUUGUAUGGUGUGUGCAGAAUGAUAAAUUUUUUUGAAGCUCUGUGAUCCAAACUGGAUAAUUAUUUGUCAUAUGUUGGGUUUUAAUAAGAAGUGAGAGAGAACUUUUUUCCAACUUGCUCUGUAAAACCAUUUUUGAAAUACUGCAAUGUAUAAGCUAAUUUUAAUAAACCUGUUUUUAGCAUAUUCUUUUUUAACACCUUAGGAACAUUUGUUUACUCAAUGAACCAGAACUAGCAACCCUAAAAAAAAAGAAUCAUUUGCAUAGUGUUUUUUGUUUGUUGGUUGGUUUUGUUUAUUUUACUCCUGAAGAUCAUCUGGUCUUGGAUAUUGGGUUGUCACCUCUCUGCCUCUUAACUCUAUCUGCACAUCAAAAUCUCUGAACUCUUAACCAAACCAGUGUCCUGGUUAUUCUAUAAAUGGCAUAGGGAUGGGGGAAAUUUGCUUCUGAGCUAUUAUAAUGCAAAGGCUUUGAGCAUAGGAUCUUUAUUCAGACAGAUCUGGGCUUCAGUCCCUGAUCUCUCACUUACUGGGAGCCCCUGGGCAAGUUUCGUAACCCUACUAAUGUUCUCAUCAACCAGGUGACAAUAAAUAAUAAAUAGGGUGGCCUGAGAGGAUUAGAUGAGAUAAAGCCAGCAAAAUGUUUAGCCUCACACCUGGAAUAUUUUAAGCAUUCUUGAGGUAAACGUUCAAUUAAUAUUAAUUACUAUUAGAAAGGCCAAUAAUAUUAAGGGUGAUAAUGAUGAAAAUGAUGUUCUCUGAUUACCCUUAUGGAAAACAAGGAUCUCAUUUCUGAAGUGAAAUCAGUGCACUGAUGCAGUAAAAGUUUUCUGUGUUUUUAAGGAUUCAUGAUCCCUAUGGAAAGGAAUGUCUUUCUGCUUUGUCUGAACAAGCCAUGUUUAGGUAAAGAAUUCCAGCUUGGUGACUGGCCCUAAAGACUGCCUCAUUUCUCUCUCUAUAUUCUUCCCGCCUCCCUUCCCUACUCCUUUCUUGAAAAAACCCAAUGAGAUAAACUGAAGUAGAGUUAUUACAAUGCUAUUGAAAAUAAUUAAUAAUAAUAAUAAUAAUUAAUAAUUAAAGGCCUAAUGAUUUUUAAAUUGUGCUGUGAUAAGUCUGCUAUUUUGGGAUGUGGAGUUGGACUUUACCACUUGUAAACUCAACGUUAUUGGAGGUGUUAAAAAUAAUUUGGGCCUGGGCUAGGGAGUAACCUCUCUUACUGUUUAUUCACAGUGUGCUUGCA